UUUACAACUGACGUAUGUCUACGGGCUAUGCUAUGGCUACCGUGCUUGGUAAAGCCAUUUACAUUAUUACUUAAUGAAAGUCGGAGAGGAAUCUUAUAACCAUCAUCACGACGAGUUAUAGAUAGUAGGACAUCUAUCAACGCCAGGAUGGCUUUCUUGAAGGCCUUUUCACGCUAGCAGAUGUCACUGCAUGAUGCCUUUAGUGGACCCUCGCAGGCCGUCAAGCCACGUUGAACCCGAGGCAUCACGGACUCUUUUAUCUCAUCGUCUUGGGAAAAUUACUCAUUGUGAUAUUUCCAGAGCUAAGACUGUUGAAAUUACCAAAAGUCAUCUGAAGAAGCCGGAAAAACUGGUCAAGGAGUUACAGCAACAGCAGAAGCAACAACAGCAGCCACAGCAGCAGCAGCAGCAGCAGCAGGUUGAGAAACCUCUGGCCGCAAAGUUGAAUCAUUCUGAAGAAACAAGGACAUCUAAGGAAGAGGUUAAGGAGGCCCAUCCUAAUAAAGGGUUGGGAUUGAGGAGUGCUUGUGAGAAUAUCCUUGGAGGCUUUGCACAUCCAGGAAUCGGCAAUCGAGCCAGUGCCAAUAAAAGUGGAGCAGAGGUUUGGGACUCACAAAGGCUUGAGGAAGAGAGUGAGAUAGCACUUGAGCGUCGUCGCCAGCAGCUAACCCAGGAGUUGAUGCGAGAAAUAGCUGCGGACACUCAUCACCAUCAUCAUUCAAAUAUGGACAAGAAGAGUUCUUCAAACUGGGAUGACUAUGGCAGAGACUUGCGAGAAAUUCUAGAACCACAGAGAAAGGACAGUCAGUUAGGAACACGCAAGAGAAAACGGGAGGAGAGACGGGCUCAUGGCCAGCAUGCCUAUCGCAGAAGCUUAACAUCAUCUAGUAGCAGUUCGUCUUCAUCAACAUCAUCUUCCACAUCAUCAUCGUCAAGUUCGUCUUCAACGGACUCUUCACCGCACCGUUCAGGGCACAAACGUGAUGCGAAAAGGAAGUCUCGUGGAGCUGGCAAAAGAAUGUCAUCAACGAGUGAUAGGAGCAAGAUGAAGAAGAUGAAAUCCUCCUCUUCUUCGAGAAAACACGGAAGCAGUAAAAUUGUCAAGAAAGGGCACCAAAGUAAGAAAGAUCAUGAAAAGCUCAGAAGUCACAAAAGUAGUCAUUCUCCUUCCCGUCGAAAGAGCUCGUUAUCCAAAAGGCUAAUGUCUCCUGGAAGGAAACGUUCUCCUUCGCCAGGAUCUCGGAAAUCUCACAAAAUAUCGCCUGGCCUUUCGAAGCAUAGCAAAAGCAGGAAGAGGUCUGGGUCACCAAGGGAACGUUUAGACUACCGCGGCGAUCGCAUCGGUCACCCAGAAAGAUCCCUCAGCCAUGGGAGGGAUCCAAAUAUGGGCUCUCGAGCAGGGUCCUCAUCGCGUAACCGUGACCCACGAAUAGAUGAACGUAUGAGAAGAAUAUCACCGGAACAAAUUGCUCGAGAAAGAUAUAGUAGGGCUGAUUCACCAACCAGAAGGUAUGACAAAGAAAGAAUCGAUGAAUUCAUAGAAGCCCGACGUGAUAGAAGGUCACCCAUUCCAAGGUCACGUGAAGUUGAAAGGAAAGAUCCACACAGACACAGGGAAUAUGAAAGGCAUGAACGAGAUCACUAUGAUGAAAGACGAAGGGAAGAUCCAAGGAGAGAAGAAAGAGAGAGAGAACAGAGAGAAAGGGAAUUGCGUGAAUUGAGGGAACGAGAAAUCAUGAAAGAAAGGGAACGAGAAUUGCUUGAGCAACAAGAAAGAGAGAGGGAAAGGCUAAGAGAAGAAGAGAGGAGAGGGCGAUAUGGUCGGGAACAUGAAUUUGCUCGGGAGAGAGAAGUUGUUGUACGUGGAGGAAGCAGAGAUUUUGAAGGGGAAAGAGACUUCUAUUCUCCAAGAGGUCGACCAGAGCUCGAUGCCAGAGUCUUAGCAGUGGAUGAUCGUAGAGCUUAUGAUGAUCCAGCUUAUGACAGAUUCCAGGGUGAAAGAGAGCGUAGCCGUUAUGACAGCGGACGAAGCAGAUAUGAUGAAUUGGCUUUGCAUGACCGACGAGGACUGCCACCCUUGGACGAUCGACGUGCUGAUCGUAGAGGCCAGCCGCUGGAUGCGCGUUUCCAGGAUGACAGAAGAAGAAGUGGAGGAACGUUAGAUCCAAGGGUUCAUGAACCUUGGUUAGAGGAACACAGAGCACUGGACCGUUUAGAUCGACCAGAACAUUUCCCACCUCAUGGUCCACCUGCGCGUCAUCGUCAUCAACCCGAGUGGACUGGGGGCCGCCAGGCAACUGCAUGGGACAGGCACAAGCAUCCCAGACAUGAAGAUUGGGCUGAGGAUUACGUUCGAGGAGGAGGCGGUGGACUGGGAGCUCGAGAUUGGGUGGAAGACCCCCAUGAUUGGGGUCCAGAUCUUGGUGGUCCAGCACCAGCACACCAAGAUCAGUGGAGUCAACAUCCAAGUUAUUGUACCGAAUCUAGGAGAGGCUACAGAGAUGAUUGGGGUGGCCGUGCCAGCGAUUGGGUUGACCAUGGACUUGCGUAUCCACCGAGCAGAGAUUUGGGUCUCCCAGCACCUCAGGGGUCUCUUCUUGUACGCGGCGAUCACAGCCAGCCACCACCAAUGAAUCGCAGGUCCAGAAGAGAACCUAUAGAACAACCGUUGGAACCCCCUCCUCCAUCAAACAUACCUCCACGACACCAUCCUCCCCCUAGUGUAGAAGAGGAGAGUAUUGAAAGUGCCUUGGUUCCUCCGAGAAGUGGGGAUGUGGGAACUCCCCCUCCCCAGGAGCAAGACCAGGCACUUAUGCCAGGUAAUGAUGGUGAGCUUUGGGAGUAUGAUCCUGGUAAGGGAUCGUGGGUACGUCGAGCAGCGGAUGCAGCACCAUCCUCAGAAGCAGAAUCGCCUGCUAAAAAAGAGAAGCCGACUCCGCCUGCCACAGCACCACCUGAACCAACACCUGAAGCCAAGCAGCCAUCUGAGCCUGAACCUGUUAGUGGGGAUGAUAAGAAGCGAAACCAGUCUGAAGAAAACAGCAUGGAUGCUUCUCCUCCUAAACGGCAGCAGACCGAAACCCCAGCAGCGACCCCAGGAGAAGCCGAUGCUUCUCUGCAAGAAAAGGACACUUUUAGCGACAUUAGUGACGAUGCAGACGAUAUUCUAAACCAGGAGGUUGGUGGAUUUAACGACGAAGACAGCCGUAACUUGAGCUCUAGUCAGAUGGAGGAUUCGAGGAACCUCAGCCGUGAGAAUGGACCCUCAUAUGAUGAACUAAUGGAUGAAGAGGAGACUAUACACCUGGAAGAGAUUAGUGAUGAUGAACUGGAAGAAGAUCGACAGGCCAAGUUUAGUGUUGCAGAUGCCCUGGAUAUUAAUUGGGCAUCUCUCGUACGUGACUCUCGGCCACCGGUUAAUGAAGUGGCAGCUGGUACUGCCCUCAAGCGCUUUAGCCCUGCACAUCUGUUAGCUCGGUUGGGAGUAUCUACCAGGUAUGCUCGACCAGAUGUAAUACAGAGUAUUAAAGAAGCUUGUGCAGCGAAUGUCACAGAUGAGGAGGAAGAUGCUGCUAAGCUUGAAGUGCCUGCUGUUACUGAGAAAGGUGGAGUAUUGCGUUUGCUGAAGGCCCGGGCUGAAGGUCGGCAAAGAGUUCUGCAAAGUAUUGGUCCAAAUAGACGAGCACUUUGUGCCAGACAGGACAUAGCAUUAAGGCGACAGCUUUGCAAUCUUCCAGAGCAAGACUACAUUGGAGAUAAUCCUCUUCUGGACAGGGAUUUGUUCCGCCAGUCUAUAAACUUAUUAAAAUCUUGUUAAAUAAGGAAUUAAUUGGAAUUUAUGGUUUAUUGAAUGUCAGGAAAGCUAUAAGUGGUGGGUACUAAGACAAAAGCAGAAUUUUUUUUUAGAAAUUUAAUUUUUUAUUACAGUAGAGUAGCCAGAUUAUUGAAACUCCUUUUGUGUACUAUGUCUCCUGUGCAUUAUUUCAUGAGAAAUAAAAAUACCUACUG